UCUAAGCCAUAGUUAGAGUCGUCAAGAUAUAUUUUUAUGUGUCCAUUGGUGUUUUUUGAUUCUACUAAAGCUCGACCUACGCUAUAGAGCUUUCGAAUCACAGCUCAAGUUAGGCAGUGCAUAGCGGUGCCGUAAAUAAAAUGCAGGCCCUCCUCGUGGUUUUCUAUUUACUGGUGCUGCAGCCGAUUUUUGGAAAAUGUGAGGAUCUCCUGGAACUGGCCUGCACCUCGGACCAACAGUGUGUCCAGUUCGAUCGCGGCAGAUGCCUGGAUAACAACUGCUUCUGCCUGGCACGUGGAUCCGGAGUGCGAGUGCCCUGCUCCCCAUUAGAACAGAAACUGACAAACAUCAUUGGAGGACCGUGUCCCUGUUCUCAGCGCUACUCCGAGUGCGAUUCUCGCAGAGAUCAGUGCAUCUGUUCGCAGGGAUAUGUCCCCAGCGAAGAUCGAAGACGUUGCCUUCUAGAGGUAGUGCCUCUGGCAGGGAAAUGUGAGUUUUCUCGACAAUGUCAGUUAGCGGAUAGGUUCAGUCUCUGUCAGCCGCAGGAGGGCAAGUGCUUGUGCCGCGCCAACUUUGAGGAGCAUCAGGGUAACUGCCUGGCCGUUCUGCAGUCUUCUUGCCAGGUGGACAAGGAUUGCAAUAGCUGUGGCGCCUCGAUUUGUCUGCCCAAUCUUAAGAAAUGCGGCUGCUCGGAGAACUUCGUUCACAACCGGAACCUGACCAUGUGCAUUGCCGGAACAGCUUUCGGCGAGAAGUGUGAGCACAGUCCUCCGUGUCAAGUGAAGCUGGGUGCCGGUGGUCAGUGUCUGGAUCACCGUUGCUCCUGUCGAGCGACCCACUAUCCCAGACGGAUAAACCACAUUCAAAGUCACACGGAACAUGACCAGGAGGAGGAGCCGCAGACAGGCGAAGCUCUCAUCUGUGAUGCGACUAUUUCAUUCGGAGCCUACUGCCGCAACGACGGCGAUUGUCGGAUGCAGCCCAUUACACAAAGCAAUCCUCCGGCUCCAAGCGCCAUGACGUGCCAGUGGGGCGAAUGCCAGUGCAGCGAGAGUCACAGGUUGCAGGAUAACCAGUGCGUCUAUGUGGAGAGUGGAGCGGGAACAAAGCCACUGCUGGAGGUACUGAUGCUACUUUCGUUUAUAGCCACCCUUUUCUAAGAUCGUAAGAUCGUAAGACCGUAAGAUUGGGUCUACUACGAUGAAAUACUGGUUCAAAGUAUUUCUUGUUAUUAAUACAUGUUAAUAAAAAUGUAUAUAAGUAAA